GCUUAGCACAGCAGCCUGACGUGGGGGUCUGAGAGCACCAAGAAUGGCUCCCAGUAACACUCUCAUGAUCCAUAUGGAGGAGAAACUGCUGCCCAAAGAAAAGAAUAAACUAAGGAAGCCAGUGGUGGAGAAAAUGCGCCGGGAUCGGAUUAACAGCAGCAUAGAGCAGCUGAAACUGCUCCUGGAGAAGGAGUUUCAGAGGCAUCAGCCUAACUCCAAGCUGGAGAAAGCAGACAUCCUGGAAGUGGCUGUCAGCUACCUGAAGCAGCAGAGCAAACUGCAGGACCAAACAUUCAUUCACAAGAACCUGGAGCAGGACUUCAACAGCGGAUACCUGCGGUGCCUCAAAGAAGCUAUGCAUUUUCUCUCCUACCAUGAAGCCAAGAAAGAAACUCAGGUGCAGCUUCUCAGACAUUUCUGCAAAGCUCAGAUGGGUGCAGAUGCCAUGUACUCUCCCGCUUUGUGUAGUCCACCCCUGUCGCCCUGUCUGUUUGCCAGGAAGCAACCUGUCCAGAAGAUGGUGGCUGCUGCUCCUACCAUCUGGAGACCCUGGUAGACCUGCUGAACCUUGCUUUAUUCUCAUGUUUUGCCACAAAACCUAGAGGGACCUGUGAUUAGUGGUUCCUCUUUAAAGUAGGAAACAUUGCUUUCCAAAGGUGGGAGGGGGGCAGUUAUUGGUUUUCUGUCACAAGAAACGAGGAUCGCUGAGUAGUUUCCCUUCAUAGUGAAGGAAUGUGUUUGUAUAUUGCAGCAAAUUUGCUGCUUUUAUUGGUGGUUUCUGGCCAAAGAGAGGACCAAGCUCUGAGCUGAUUUAGAGAGCCAAGUGCCCUUCAGUUCCCAUCACACUUUUGCUUGGCAAGGCUGUGAGCCUGUGGCUGUCAGAGGAAAUCAUUCUAACUCCCUGGGUCACUGGUUCAAGUGCUCUAUUGUCUCUAGAUAAUGUAUUGACCUUCCUAAACAAGGAGCACUUUGAAGAAUGCAUUUUGUAUCAUAAAGAGAGUAUCAAGCCUUUACCUUUUGAGUGAAAAGUGUCAUUAAGAAAUGCUGAUUCUUCUGAAGUUCCUAUGCUAUUUUUAAUAUGCUUUCUUACAGAAAGUUAUGAAAAGAACAGACAGCUCCAGGGAAAACUCUCUUAAUGUCAUGUCAGUAUGUGCUGCUCUCACUUGAGGGAUAAUUGAUGCCUUUUGUAAAGGAAAUAUCCGUGAUAUACCUUAAGGAAAAGGGGGAGGAAGGGAGGCAAUAAGUAGUUUAUAAUUAUUCACUGAACAGUCUCAAGAGUCUAAAAAGCUUUUAUAAAGUUGUGAUGUAUUCAUCCUGUGUGAUGUUCAAUUUUGGUGU